UCUAACCGGGAGCGUUGGAUGCAGGGAGGCUGCAGUGACGGGAGAUUUUAAAUAUAAGUUGUUGCCUCACUGUUGCAGCGACGCAACAGAUCAAACUCUUGCAUUAACAAGAGGAGAAACAAACAAUGAAUAUUGAACACUGAUCAGUUUGUUACUCGCAGUAUUCAGUUCCUGAGCAGUGAACAGCAGUCUAUUCACACCACGCUGGUGCUCGUACAGUGGAUCAGUAACACGCUGGCAUGAUGUCACUGUAGUGCCUGGUGCACAGUGUCCCCCACUCUGCGGGACACUUAAAGCAGAUUAUCCACAGGGACAGACAGCGGAGCAGCCGGCCUCCAUGUGUGAACCGCCACAUAAGCUGAUCAGAGGUGCCGUCUCACUGACAGGACUCUACCUGGUGUAUGGAUAUGGUGCCUCCCUCCUCUGCAACCUGAUUGGUUUUGUCUAUCCAGCUUAUUAUUCAAUCAAAGCCAUUGAAAGUCCGAGCAAAGAAGACGACACAAAAUGGCUGACGUACUGGGUGGUGUACGGCGUCUUCAGCCUGGGCGAGUUCUUCUCCGAUAUCUUCCUCUACUGGUUCCCGUUCUACUAUGCUUUUAAGUGUCUCUUCCUGUUGUGGUGCAUGGCUCCGAUGUCCUGGAACGGCUCCCAGAUAAUCUACGACAAAGUGGUACGGCCCAUCUUCCUCCGCCACGAGGCCAUGGUGGACAACAUGGUGAGCAACCUCGGCGGGAGGGCCAUGAGUGCCGCCGAGAACCUUACCAGAGAAGUCCUGACCACCCUGAUAAAGAACAAAGCCCUGGUGACUCCGGGACAGCCGGUCGCUCAGCCUGAACCCAAAAGUUUACCGAGUUCAUCAGCAGCUAAAGUAGCUCCAUCAGAGCCAAGCGAAGAACGACCACUGGAUAAUAACACUCACCAGCUCACGUUUAGCAGACUGCAGGUUCUGUGGAGCUGCUCCAUCAUUGUGAGAACGCUUAUCCACCUGCCAGCCUGCACCACCCGGAGGAAAGGGAAGUAACCUGCAGACGUCAGCGUCACCUCCUGCAGGCAGAAGACAUCCGCUGAGAUUUUAACAAGGGCAUCACCUGCAGGCAGCGAGUUACAGCGGCACUUUCCUGCUUAUGUAGAGCUGCUGUUUACGAGUGUUUAAUGUUUUAUAUUUAACAUCUGCAGCAGCUGCAGCACUCUGCCUGCAGGUGGUGAAAGCUCAACAUCUGGUGGUUUCAGCUUCGGGUGCUUUGCAUCAGUGACACUGUGUCCUUUUUCUUUCUCAUUACACGUGUUGCUGUUAUUUAUGGAAUAUGUGUUUUGUUUUGUUCAUUAAGAUAAACGAGAUCAAGACCUUGAUAUGACAAUUACAUUAUGAUAAGAAAUAAAAAGUAC